AUGACAAUGGUUACUGCUGGAGUAACCGAUUCGUCGGAUUACGUUUAUUUUAUUAAAAUGGGUUUCGUGAAGGUGGUCAAGAAUAAGCAAUACUUUAAACGGUAUCAAGUCAAGUUUAAGAGGCGUCGUGAAGGAAAAACUGACUAUUAUGCACGAAAACGUCUAGUAGUGCAGGACAAAAAUAAGUACAAUACACCUAAGUACCGCUUGAUUGUUCGACUUUCAAACAAGGAUGUGACCUGUCAAGUUGCCUACUCCCGUAUUGAAGGGGAUCAUAUUGUAUGCGCGGCGUACUCCCAUGAAUUACCUCGUUACGGUAUCAAGGUUGGUUUAACAAAUUAUGCAGCUGCAUACUGCACUGGGCUGCUAUUGGCUAGACGUCUUCUCCAGAGGUUAGGUCUAGACUCCUUGUAUGCUGGUGCCACAGAAGUCACUGGUGAUGAAUACAAUGUGGAACCAGUAGAUAAUGGGCCUGGUGCAUUCAGGUGUUACCUAGAUGUUGGUCUUGCUCGUACUACCACUGGUGCCAGAGUAUUCGGCGCAAUGAAAGGUGCAGUAGAUGGUGGUCUUAAUGUUCCUCAUUCCAUCAAGAGAUUCCCAGGCUAUGAUGCUGAAGCAAAGAAAUUUAAUGCUGAAGUUCAUAGGUCUCACAUAUUUGGUCUUCAUGUAGCAGAAUACAUGAGAAACCUUGAACAGGAAGAUGAAGACUCAUUCAAGAGGCAAUUUAGCAAGUACAUCAAGCUUGGUGUUGCUGCUGAUUCUAUUGAAACCCUCUAUAAGAAAGCCCAUGAAGCAAUUAGAGCAGAUCCAUCUCACAAAAAGAAAGAAGAAAAGAAGGAUGCAGUAAAACAAAAACGCUGGAACAAACGCAAGCUGACGCUGGCUGAGAGGAAGAACAGGAUCAAGCAGAAGAAGGAGUCGUUCAUCAAGAGAUUGCAAGCAGAAGCU